GCGGUUAAGAAAAUAACUAGUCUGACGUGUCCGAAAGUAAGACUGCAAAAUGGCUUGUUGCUGACCGACUGAGUCUUGAGCAAGCAGCCAAACAAUAAGAACUUUAAUAAAUCUUAAAGAAGCGGAUGGAAAUUAUUUGGGAAUACAGCUGAACUGUAGUACCCCGAGGUCAGACUACAAAGAGACGAGAGGUCGGGCUCUGUUUAAGAUGGAUUCUUUCCUUGCAGAGGGGGCCCGUGUCUGGCUGAGACACAAAGAGCAGCUCCUUCCCUCCACUGUCAGCUCUUGUGAUGACUUGACUCUGGUUCUCACCACUGAUUAUGGCAAGGUGAUCUGUCUACAGAGGGAGGAACUAAACAGAGAGACAGUGUACCCAAUGCACCCCAGCAGCAUCCAUGGAGUAGAAGACAUGUCUACACUGGCAGAGCUCCAUGAGGCUGCCAUCAUGCACAACCUUUUUCAGCGCUACCAGAAAGACAACAUCUAUACCAACAUAGGCUCGAUUCUGGCAGCAGUAAAUCCCUAUAAGCAGAUAGCAGGCCUGUAUGAUGGCACUGCAGUCAGCUUGUACAGCAAGCACCAGAUGGGGGAGCUGCCUCCUCAUAUCUUCGCUGUGGCCAACGAGUGUUACCGCUGCCUGUGGAAGAGACACGACAGUCAGUGUGUUCUCAUCAGUGGUGAGAGUGGUGCUGGGAAGACAGAGAGCACCAAGCUGCUGCUGAAGUUUCUCUCCGUCAUGAGUCAAAACUCAGCUGGUACUCCUCUGUCAGAGAGGACCACCAGGGUGGAGCAGGCACUCAUUCAGAGCAGCCCUAUCAUGGAAGCUUUUGGGAAUGCAAAGACUGUGUACAACAAUAACUCCAGUCGGUUUGGGAAGUUCAUACAGCUCCACUUUUCACAGAAUGGAAACAUUCAGGGAGGCUGCAUUAUUGACUAUUUGCUGGAAAAGAACCGAGUGGUUCGUCAAAACCCUGGUGAGAGAAACUACCACAUCUUCUAUGCACUGCUAGCAGGAGCAGACAAAGACAACAGAGACAUGUACCUCUUGUCUGAGGGUCCUGAGUCGUAUCACUACCUGAGUCAAUCAGGUUGUGUGCAGGAUAGCAGCCUUGAUGAUAAGCAGCUCUUUAACAGUGUGAUGGAAGCGCUAAAAGUGAUGGAAUUCAGUGAGGAAGAGAUCAGGGAUGUGUUCAAGUUACUGUCUGCCGUCCUCCAGAUGGGCAACAUUGAAUUCAUGACAGCUGGCGGAGCUCAGAUCACUUCAAAAGGAGUGGUCAGUAAUGUCAGCGACCUGCUCGGUUUGGACUCCUACCAGCUGUCAGAAGUGUUGACCCAGCGCUCUAUGAUCCUCAGAGGAGAGGAGAUCUGCUCCCCCCUCACUGUGGAGCAGGCGGUUGACUCACGAGACUCUGUCGCAAUGGCGCUAUAUUCACAGUGUUUUUCCUGGAUCAUAAUGAAGAUCAACCAGAAAAUCAAAGGAAAGGAUAACUUCAAGUCCAUCGGCAUCCUCGACAUCUUUGGCUUUGAGAACUUUAAGGUGAACCGGUUUGAGCAGUUUAAUAUCAACUAUGCCAAUGAGAAACUCCAGGAGUAUUUCAACAAGCACAUAUUCUCACUGGAGCAGUUGGAGUACAACAGGGAGGGGAUCCAGUGGGAAGCCAUAGACUGGAUGGAUAAUGCAGAGUGUUUGGAUCUCAUAGAAAAGAAACUGGGCAUGUUGGCUCUUAUCAACGAGGAGAGUCGCUUCCCGAAAGGCACCGACUACACCCUUUUGGAGAAACUGCACAGCCGACAUGCUACUAACCCAUAUUAUGUGAAGCCCAGAGUGACUGACCACCAGUUUGGCAUCAAGCACUAUGCUGGAGAGGUGCUAUAUGAUGUACGUGGAAUCCUGGAGAAGAACCGGGACACCUUCAGAGAUGACAUAUUGUUUAUUCUCAAAGACAGCAGGCUUGACUUCAUCUACGACCUCUUCGAGCGUGUUGGCAGCAGAAAUGGAGAAGAGACUCUAAAGAUGGGCACGGCAAGGCGCAAGCCCACUGUCAGCUCUCAGUUCAGGGAUUCUCUCCAUUCCCUGAUGGCCACACUAAGUGCCUCCAACCCCUUUUUUGUGCGCUGCAUCAAACCAAAUAUGGACAAGAAGGCCAAUCAGUUUAAUCCUGAUGUCGUCCUGAACCAGCUGAGAUAUUCUGGGAUGCUGGAAACUGUGAAGAUUCGCAAGGCUGGAUUCCCUGUUCGCAGAACCUUCAAGGACUUCUAUGGCCGGUACCAGAUGAUUCUAAAAAACAAAAUCUGCUUGGAUGAUGAGAAACAGUGGUGUUUAGAGCUUCUUAUGCUUCACAACAAAGCCAAGACAGACUGGCAGCUGGGGAAGACAAAGGUGUUCUUGAAGGAGGCCCUGGAGCAAAGGCUGGAGAAAGAGAGGGAAGAGGUGCGGCGCAGGGCUGGCAUGGUGAUCCGCGCCCACAUCCUCAGCUAUGUGGCAAGGAAGCAAUACAAGAGGGUUUUGUCCAGCGCCGUCACCAUCCAAAAGAACUACCGUGCUCACUUUUGGAGACGUGUCUUCCUGCGUCUGCGCUCUGCCACCAUCAUCCUUCAGAAACAUCGCAGAGGCCAGCUCGCCCGAUCCCUCUACCACCAGCUCAAGAAGGAGAAGCAGAAGCGAGAGGAGGAGGAGAGGAAGAGGAAAGAGGAAGAGGAAAGGUGGCGAGUAGAGGAGGAGAGAAGGAUAAUGGAAGAGAGGAAGCAACAGGAGGAGGAGAGGAGAAAAAAGGAGGAAGAGGAGAAACUGAGAUUAAUGGAUGAGGAGUUGAAAAGGAGAGCAAAAGAGGAGGAGCAGAAACUGAUCAAAGAGAGAGAGGAAGAGAAGAAACUGGUAGCUGAAGGUGACAAAACAAGUAGGAACUCACUGGUAAAUGGCGCUUGUCAAAAGAAGGUUCUGUCCCAGACUCUGUCAAACAGCCACACCUCAGAGGAGGAGAGCCGUCAAAUGGAGGAGAUCUUGCGGCUAGAGAGGGAGAUCGAGCGUCUGCAGAAGCAGCAGGAAGACGGUGUGUCCCAGCUUGGAGACUUCUCCCAUGAGGAGCUCCGACAGAUGAGGGAUGCUGAGAUCUACAGACUGGAGAAGGAAGCUUCCCGCAUGGCUACUGAGUUCCUGGAGCUGCUGGACUUUGGUGGUUUAGAGCCAUCACUCUCAAGUGAGGAGAACCUCCAUGAUCCAGAAUCUACAGCUCCUCUGGCUGAAGAGGAGGUUGAUGAGGGCUUCCACGCAGAUGAUGAGUGCAUUCCUUUACCCGACUUACCUCCCCCAGCAGCAGUUCCUCUAGACAAGGAAGUAUUUCAAAGUAUACCCCCUCCUCCACCUCCCUUUGCAGAGGGACGUGUGGUCUCUUCAUACUCAGGUGCUUGUCCUGCAUCGUCAGAGCUCACUCCAGUUACCACUAAUGGAAUCAAUCAUGCCUCAGUUCUAAAAGACUCCCAAACUCGCCAUUCUCCUCAUCCUGUAGUAACUAAUGGAGAAAGGCAGCCAUGCCAGAGAACCAGCAGAGCAUCAGACUUUAAGCCUGUGACAGAAGAGUCAUCACACGCAAACCUGCCAGACGCAGAAUCGGACUACGACCAGGAAGAAUUCGAGGAGGCUCAUGGGAGCUCAGGUGCUAGUACAAAUGAUGGCCAUAUCACAGAUGAAGAGGUGCUGGGAAGAUCGUCCUGCACCCAGAACAGCCUGGACUCCUUCAGAGGCAGCUCAGACUCGUUUAUUGACAGCGACGAGGAGAAUGACGGCUAUGUGGAUACAGAUGAGGAGGUUUCUAAUGGCAGAGUGAAUCUGCUCAAUGGGAGUGGGCCUCCAUAUUUCCAUGGUUACCUCUACAUGAAGAGUGGCCUGAUGAUCCCGUGGCGUCGACGCUGGUGUGUUCUCAAAGAUGAAACCUUUAUGUGGUUCCGGGCGAAGCAGGAUUCCCUGAAAUCUGGGUGGCUUUACAAGAAAGGAGGAGGAAUGUCCACUUUGUCUCGACGUAACUGGAAGAUGCGCUGGUUCGUUUUACGUGAGUCAAAACUCAUGUACUUUGAGAAUGAUAGUGAAGAGAAGCUGAAAGGAACCAUCGAUAUCCGCACAACCAAGGAGAUUGUUGACAAUCAUGAGAAGGAAAACGCACUGAACAUUGUAACAGAUGAAAGGACCUACCAAAUCUAUGCUGAGUCCCCCGAAGAUGCCAGUGGUUGGUUCAAUGUGCUGAGUCGGGUCCACAGCGCCAGCCCGGAGCAGCUCAUGGAGAUGCACCACGAACAGGCCAACCCCAAAAAUGCAGUGGGAACGCUAGAUGUUGGUUUGAUUGAUUCUGUUUGUGCAUCGGACAACCCAGACAGACCAAACUCAUUUGUGAUCAUCACGGCUAACCGAGUGAUCCACUGCAACACAGACACACCAGAAGAGAUGCACCACUGGAUAGGCCUGCUGCAAAAAUCAAAAGGAGACACAAGGGUUGAUGGACAGGAGUUUCUAGUCAGAGGUUGGCUGCAUAAGGAGAUGAAAUCAGGAUCCAAGAGCACUUCUCUAAAGCUGAAGAAACGCUGGUUUGUUCUCACCACCAACUCCCUCGACUAUUAUAAGUCAUCAGAGCGUAGCGCAACUAAACUGGGAACACUCGUCCUCAACAGCCUUUGCUCUGUGGUGCAGCCUGAUGAGAAAAUCUUCAAGGACACUGGUUACUGGAAUAUCAUUGUGCAUGGGCGUAAACAUUCGUACCGGCUUUAUACCAAAAUGCUGAACGAAGCCAUGCGGUGGGCCAAUGCCAUUCAGGGAGCAAUAGACAGCAAAGUUCCCAUUGAAACACCAACACAGCAACUCAUCAGAGACAUCAAGGAAAGCAGUUUAAAUGUGGAGGCUGUGGAGCAGACAUACUGGAGGAACCCUAUCUUGCGAUAUACCCAGCAUCCUUUGCACUCCCCUCUUCUACCUCUGCCUUAUGGAGAUGUCAGUGUUCCUUUGCAAAAGGAAAAGGGUUAUACCAGCCUGCAGGAUGAGGCCGUGAAGAUUUUUAACUCACUGCAGGAAAUGGAAGCUCUGUCAGACCCCGUGCCAAUCAUCCAGGGAAUCCUGCAGACGUGUCAAGACUUGAGGCCAUUAAGAGAUGAAGUUUACUGUCAGCUGAUCAAACAAACCAAUCAUGUGCCACAUCCGAAUAGUCCUGCCAAUCGUGCCCACUGGCAUCUCCUGACCUGCAUGAGCUGCACCUUCCUGCCCAGCCGAGGCAUCCUGCGCUACCUCAAGUUUCAUCUGAAAAGGAUUAAGGAACUAUUUCCCGGAACAGAAAUUGAAAUGUUUGCCCAUUUCAUUGGAGAGUCUCUUAAGAAGACCAAAACCAGGGAGUUUGUUCCUUCCCAAGAAGAAAUCGUGGCACUGCUUACCAGACAGGAAAUGACCACCACCGUCUACUGCCACGGAGGGGGCUCCUGCAAGAUCUCCAUUAACUCUCACACCACUGCCGGAGAGGUGGUAGAGAAACUGAUCAGAGGUUUAGCUAUGGAGGAUAGCAGGAACAUGUUUGCUCUGUUCGAGCACAACAAUACUGUUGACAAAGCUGUGGAAAGCAGGGUACUUGUGGCUGAUGUUCUGGCCAAGUUUGAAAGAAUGGCUGGCAGUGAGGAAGCUCAGGAUGAAGGCCAAUGGAAACUAUAUUUUAAACUUUACUGUUUCUUGGAUGUGGAAAGCAUGCCUAAGGAAGGAGUGGAGUUUGCAUUCAUGUUUGAGCAGGCCCAUGAGAGUUUGACCCGAGGCCACUUCCCUGCACGUGAGGAGACCCUGCAGCACCUUGCAGCUCUGCGCCUGCAGUUCCUAUAUGGAGACAAAGUGCGCAUUACAUGGAGCCUAGAAAGCGUUUACCCCGUGGCCCGCUUGCGCAGUCGCAUCCUACAGUUUACCAAGGUGGGUGGAGCCUCGGGAUCGGGUCAAACCCUCGAGCGUCGGAGAACCAGCUUCUUGGAUAGUACACUGCGCCGGGGGCUGAAGACAGGCUCAAUGAAGAAGCAGCGUAUGGAGGAUGAGCAGAUGCUGGAGAUGUGGAUAAAGGAGGAGAUGUCUGCCACCCGGGCAAGCAUCGUAGAGAAGUGGUCCCGCCUCAAAGGUCUAGACCAGCACCAGGCCAUGCUCAAAUACAUGACUAUCAUCAAGGAAUGGCAUGGAUACGGAUCCACACUGUUUGAUGUUGAGUGCAAAGAGGGGGGGUUCCCACAUGAUCUCUGGUUGAGUGUGAGUGCUGAGAAUGUGUCUGUCUACAAAAGAGGAGAGCCAAAACCUUUGGAGACCUUCCCAUAUGAGCACAUCAUCUUCUUUGGUGCUCCACAGCCCUGCACCUACAAGAUAACUGUGGAUGAGAGAGAAAUGUUCUUUGAGACACCACAGGUGGGAGAGAUCACUAAGAUUAUGAAAGCCUACAUAAACAUGAUUGUGAAGAAGCGCUGCAGUGUGAAGUCUGUGUCCAGUUAUGGAACCAACUGGAUCAGGUGAUUUAAUGGAGAGGAUACAAUAUCUACUCUGCCACUAUGCACCUGAUCCAUAACUCCCACGAAAAGAAAAGAAAAGAAAAG